CCGCCAAAAAUACUGCAUAGAGGUUACAUGGAAUGGAAGAUGGAGAAUAUUCAAUCAUGGAAGAAGAAAAUACACGUAUUGAAAGAUGUGGAGAGUAAAAAUAUAUGUGAACAGACUAUGAAGAAGAUUGAGGAUUUCUGUUCUGGAAAUUUGUAUAUAAAAGCUAGCAAAGGAAUAAUUCAUGGAGAUCUUACCUUACGUAACCUGAUUUACAAAAAGGAUGGACACGACUACGACGUCACAGGCAUAAUAGAUUUCUAUGACACAAGCAUCAGCUGUUAUAUAUUUGAAACGGCGGGUAUAAUUUGCAGUGUUUUGUAUGAAGCCGAUUUCUUGGACCUACCUGACUUGAACAUCUGUGCUGUAACUAAAGAAAUACUGGGCGGAUACAGAAAAGAGUUUGAUUUGAACAAUGUCGACCUAAAUAUGUUAUUUUAUGCUGUUUUGGCUAGACUGUGUGCGUUAAGAGUGCUCGGCGGCUACUAUAUAAUGCAUAGAAAUGACGUGCAAAUCCAUACAGGAAUAAACUUAGAAAAGUUAGAGAUUAUUAUGAAGAAAAUAUGGAAAUUAGGAAAAACUAAAUGGGAUGAAAUAUGUCUUCAAAGCUAAUGUCGGAAAUUUGACAAAAUUUAAAGAGUUUCAUGUGACGUGUUAAAAUAGUUUCUUCGUCGAACCGUGAGAAUAAUUUGAUUGAAUAAUUGAGUUUGACGUUUUUAGGGGUUUCG